AUGACUUCCUUCCAUAGACCCACUGGUCGAUCCUCAAACGGCCUUCUCAUGAUGGACUUCAUCUCCAGAGCUCUUAAUCUUCCUCUCCUAGAUCCCUACUUGAAAAGAAUUGGAGUAUUCAAUCAAGGAGUAGACUUUGCUGUAGCUGGGAGCACAGCUCUCGACACCUCAUUUUUCCAGGACCGAAAUAUUCCAGUUCCUAUCUCCAAUACUCCUCUCAGUGGUCAGAUGCAAUGGUUUAAAGAUCAUCUCAAAUCUGUCUGCCGUUCCCCAUCAGAUUGUGCAACUAGACUUCAAAGAUCCUUGAUAAUGAUAGGAGAAAUCGGGGGUAAUGAUUAUAACCAUGCUUUCUUCAAUAAAAAAUCAAUACAAGAGGUCAGGACUUAUGUUCCUCACGUUGUAAGUGCGAUAAUCAAUGGGGUAAGAGAAGUUGUUAGACUCAGGGCUGCUCGUGUUGUGGUUCCAGGAAAUUUUUCUAUUGGUUGCAUCCCAAUUCAUUUGACUAGUUUUGUGAAUCCUGAUCCAGAAGCAUACGACCAAAUGGGAUGCCUGAGAGAGUUGAAAAGGGAUAAUCCAAACAUGGUUGUUGUCUACGCUGAUUACUACGGGGCUCUGGAAUCAGUUCUUACUCGUGCUCCGUUUCUUGCAUUCGACCGAGGAUCUUUUUUAAAAUCACGUUGUGGGAUUGGAGGGAUUUAUAACUAUGAUGGUCGGUGGAUGUGCGGAACACCUGGAGUUCCAGUUUGUCGGGGGCCUGAAAAGUACAUAUAUUGGGAUGGAAUUCAUAUGACACAGAAAGCUUAUCGCCAUACGUCUGAAUUUCUGAUCAGUGACAUUUUGUCAUAG